AUGGAUCAAGUAAUUGGCGAACUAUUCGGUAGAGCUAUUGUUGAAGUUGUUGCUUUAGGUGUUGGAGCAGCAGUAAAAUCCUAUAAAGGUAAUAAUGGUUCUAACAAUUCAAAUUCCACUACUCAACAUCAAACCAAAAUAUUCACAUCACCACCAUCUAUUAAGCAUGAACGUGCAGUACUUACAUCUUCAAGUACAAUUACUUUUGGUAAUGAUUGUGAACGUCUUGUUAAUAUAGCAUUUCGAACAAGUCAAACAUUUCCUUCUAUGAUGGGUACAUAUGCUGAUGUUAGUAAAUAUUUACGUGAAGAACUUUCUAAACAACAUCCAGAUGAAUAUUUUCAUAUUAUUAUUGGUAAAAAUCAUGAAUUUGGUUAUUCUAUUGAUGAUGGUCAUUAUUUCGCUGAGAUUCAACAAGAUCGAUAUCGAGUAUUAAUCUUUUCAACUAAGCAAAAUUCGCAUAUAAAAUCAGAUAUACAUGAUGCCGAUAGUCACAUGUCAUUUAUAUGGAAUUAA